UGGCACCAGCGGGUGGUGGCAAGUGCGGCUGCACCCCAGGGUGAGCAGAGGCACUGACUGCAGGGGAAAGUCAGGGAUUGAGCAAGCUGCGGUGGGAGCAGCCGGUUUCACAGCCCGGACCCUGGAGAGCACCGCUGCACCCCGUAUCGGAACCUUCCGGGUGGAGCAUCUGCUCUCCCCCAGCCCCCUGCCCCGGGCCCGGAUUUGCUUCCCAGCCAUGCUGCUGCUCCCACUGCUCCUGAAGGCCACCCUGCUGCACCUGGCCAGUGGCUCCUACCACCCUUUCCACAAUGGCUUCUACUACAACCACAUCAUGAAUGACAAUAGCGACGAGCAGGACAAAGUGGAUUACUUCAGUGGAUCCAGGCUAGUGGUGGAAGCCUCCAGAGACCCUGUCUACAGCUACAAUGGUGCCAACGCCACCCUGCCCUGCCGCUACCGCUACGAGCCUGACCAGGGCCCCAAGCACAAAAUCCGCAUCAAGUGGUCCAAGGUGCGGGACGACUACACCAAAGAGCAGGAUGUGAUGGUGGCGGUUGGCAAGACCUACGUGGCCUUUGGGGACUUCAAGGGCCGUGCCCACAUCAGCCAGGCUGGUGAGGAGAGCUGGCACGGGGCCUCGCUGGUCAUCAGCGACGUGCGCUUGAAGGACGAUGGCAAAUUCCGCUGCACGGUCAUCGAUGGGCUGGAGGACGAGAGCGACGUUGUGGAGCUUCGGCUGCAAGGCAUCGUGUUCCCCUACCAGCCUCCCCGCGGGCAGUACAGGCUCAACUUCCACGAAGCCGAGCGAGCGUGCCAGGACCAGGGUGCCAUCCUCGCCAACUUUAACCAGCUCUUCCAGGCGUGGAGCGAGGGGCUGGACUGGUGCAACGCGGGCUGGCUGGCCGAUGGCACGGUGCAGUACCCCAUCCGCCUGCCCCGCAAGCCCUGCGGGGGCGUGCACCUCGCCCCGGGCAUCCGCAGCUACGGCCCGCGGCACCGCCACCUGCACCGCUUCGAUGCCUUCUGCUUCUCCUCCGCGCUCAAAGGAGAGGUUUUCUACCUGGACGGCCCUGCUGGGAUGACGCUGGAGGAGGCCAAGCAGAGCUGCCAGGAUGCCGGGGCCGAGAUCGCCCGGGUGGGGCAGCUCUACUCGGCCUGGAAGUUGGCGGGGCUGGACCGCUGCAAUGCCGGCUGGCUGGCAGAUGGCAGUGUGCGCUACCCCAUCGUCACACCCCGGGCCAACUGCGGCCCCGCCGAGCCCGGCGUCCGCAGCUUCGGCUUCCCCAGAAAGGGCAGGUUUGGAGUCUUCUGCUACCGAGAGAGAUAAGGAGCCGGGAGGGAUCCUUCUUGGAUGAAGGACGUUUCCAUCCCUCCAGCGCCCAGUGCUGGGCAUUUCCAAGGGCUGUUCUGGGGGUGACUGGGGGAGGUGGGGUGGGGAGAGAUUUCUUUUUGUUUUGUUUCUUUUUGUUUUGUUUUGUUUUGUUUUGUUUUGUUUCCUUCCUUUAUAUUUUCCACAUGUUGCUCAGCAGCUGGCACUCACAGCUGCUUGGGGUGGCUGCCAGCUGGGCAGCGUGGGACAGUCCCUGUCGUGGGAUGUGUGCAGGGAUGGUCCCCAUGGGCUACUGCUGCCACCCCACUUGGCCGUGCCACCCCAUGGGUGGUGGCCCUUCCCUGCAGUGGCAGGUUGUCACUGACACCCACCUGCCCUUCCAGGCUGGUCCUGCCUCCCAGUCCGUGAGGCAAGGCCAUGAGGGAGAGAGGCAAGGCUGGGUUUGGCCAGAGCAGAGAGCAGGGAUCUCCAUUGCAUCCUGGCCCCUCUUCCAGCCCCAUCCAUGUCCUGCUGAAGGAUGCCAUUGUGCCUGUCCCUGCUGGAGCACAAGUGCCUUAUCUUUAUGUGCCCCUUGCCUGAACUCCAUUUGAACUCUGGUGCCUUCUUCUCUGAGCAUUGGCUAUGAAAAGAUGUGUUUUUCUGGACAUCUUCUAAUAAAAUGGUGGAGAAAGCCCUGGA